CCGAGGCGCCAACACAGCACACGGGAGCACACGCGCCAAGACAUCGAGACACCGAGACAUCAGCGAAAAAUAUAGAAAACAGCUCCGGGGCCAGCCAAGUUAGAAGAUUGUGUGUGCAAGCGAUCCGUCAAAUUGAGUUCCGUUCGUGAGGCAAACAAGCCUGAGUGCCGAUACCGCCAUGAGCUUCACUCGCCAGUUGUCCGAGAUGAGCGCCAGCGAGCUGAACGACGCCAUAGACGACACCAACUUCCCGCAGGCCCACAUCCUGUCGCGUGGUCGCAACAACAGCGUGUGCUCAACAAGUAGCACCUCGGGCACCUCCUCGCUGGCGGACAGGGCCCAGGCCCAGCCGGAGGAGACGGCCGCAAAUCCGGGCACCCCGGCAGAGGAGGUGGCCCCCGCGGGCAACCAGCGACCCCGCCUCAUUCUGAAGACCAACGGCAGCAGUCCGGAUAGCGAUGGUACACAACCGAAAACACCAAUGACACCGCGUACAUCGACAACGCCAGGUCACGAGAAAUGCACUUUCCACCACGAUCUGGAGCUGGACCACAAGCCACCGACGCGAGAAGCCCUGCUGCCGGACAUGGCCCGCUCGUACCGCCUGCUGCUGGGCGGACUGGGUGAGAAUCCCGAUCGCCAGGGACUAAUCAAGACGCCAGAACGGGCGGCCAAGGCCAUGCUGUACUUCACCAAGGGUUACGACCAGAGUCUCGAGGACGUUCUAAAUGGAGCCGUGUUCGAUGAGGAUCACGACGAAAUGGUGGUUGUUAAGGAUAUUGAAAUGUUUUCCAUGUGCGAGCAUCAUUUGGUGCCCUUCUACGGCAAAGUAUCUAUCGGAUAUUUGCCUUGCAACAAGAUUCUAGGACUCAGCAAGCUGGCUCGCAUCGUGGAAAUCUUUUCUCGUCGCUUGCAAGUACAGGAGCGCUUGACGAAACAGAUUGCAGUGGCCGUAACCCAAGCCGUGCAGCCGGCUGGAGUGGCUGUUGUUGUUGAAGGAGUACACAUGUGCAUGGUGAUGCGAGGCGUGCAGAAAAUCAAUAGCAAAACUGUUACCUCAACUAUGCUGGGAGUGUUCCGAGACGAUCCCAAGACCCGCGAGGAGUUCCUCAACUUAGUCAAUAGCAAAUAGGAACUGAGGAAGGAAUUAAAAUCCGAGACCAACUAAACCCGUACAAUAUUUUUGGAGUCGCUUACAUACUUACAUAUAUACAAUGAGACAAAAAUGAAACAAAACACAGGGUCCACCAUUAGUUACAUAUGUUUUUAGGAUUGAUUUUCUUUAGUUAGUGCAAUGAUUGCAGCCAUUUUCCUUGUUGAUUUCUGUAAAAAUUGUUGAAAAAUUCUGUUAGCUGAGUACAUUUACAUAGCGAAGAAUUAAGACAGGCGAGUCUAUAUUGAAUUUUGGUGUUGGGUAGUCUUACGUUCAAAAUAUUAUAUGCAAUUGUAUGGCACUUGAACCAUCAUUUUUACAUCGAGUAAUGCAUUGUGCAAUAGGGGAACAACUGAUAAUACAUCAAGGCAAAUCGUUUAGGGAAUUUACAUGAUUAACGCCGUUCGUAAAGUGUAAUCGAAUAAAUAUACUGUAUCUGUA